ACAAAAGUGCGCGUUUCCGGGACGGACUCCGGGCUGCCGGAAUUGCGUGGCCGCCGGGGCCAUGGCGGCGCUCGCCGUCGUCUCCCUGCUGCUCCAGGCGGCAUCCUGGCCGCUUGUCACGGCCUCGGGCGAGUUCUGGCUCGGCCAGUCGGCAGCAGACAUCCUGUCGGGGGUGGCGUCCCGCAGACGGUACCUCCUGUACGACGUCAACCCCCCAGAAGGCUUCAACCUCCGCAGGGAUGUCUAUAUCCGCGUGGCCUCCCUGCUGAAGACCCUGCUGAAGACUGAGGAGUGGGUGCUUGUUCUGCCUCCGUGGGGCCGCCUCUAUCACUGGCAGAGUCCCGACAUCCACCAGGUCCGCAUCCCCUGGUCUGAGUUUUUCGAUCUUCCAAGUCUCCACAGAAACAUCCCUGUCGUCGAGUAUGAGCAGUUCAUUGCAGAGUCUGGCGGGCCCUUCAUCGACCAGGUGUACGUCCUGCAGGGCUACGCGGAAGGCUGGAAGGAGGGCACCUGGGAGGAGAAGGUGGACGCGCGGCCCUGCAUUGACCCAGUGCUCUACUCCCAGGACAAGCACGAGUACUACAGGGGCUGGUUCUGGGGCUAUGAAGAAACCCGGGCCUUGAAUGUGUCUUGCCUCUCUGUCCAAGGCUCAGCAUCUGUCGUGGCCCCUGUGCUGCUGAAGAACACGUCGGCCCGGUCGGUGAUGUUGGACAGAGCUGAAAACCUGCUUCACGACCACUAUGGCGGAAAAGAAUACUGGGAUACCCGGCGGAGUAUGGUGUUUGCCAAGCAUCUGCGGGUGGCAGGAGAUGAGUUCCGGAGCAAGUUCCUCAACUCCAGUGAUGCCACGGACGGUGUUCCCACCGAGGAGGACUGGACCAAGCUGCAGGCCAAGCUGGGCUCCUCCCUCGGAGGCCCAUACCUUGCCGUCCACCUGCGGAGGAAGGACUUCAUCUGGGGCCACAGGGAGGACGUGCCCAGCCUGGAGGGUGCCGCCAGGAAGAUCCGCAGCCUCAUGAUGGUGCACCAGCUGCCCAGGGUGUUCGUGGCCACAGAUGCCAUCAGGAAGGAACAGGAAGAGCUGAAGAGGCUGCUGCCUGAGAUGGUGAGGUUUGAGCCCACCUGGGAGGAGCUGGAGCUGUACAAGGAUGGGGGUGUCGCCAUCAUCGACCAGUGGAUCUGCACGCAUGCCAGGCUUUUCAUCGGCACAUCAGUCUCCACGUUUUCUUUUCGGAUUCAUGAGGAAAGAGAAAUCCUGGGGUUUGAUCCCAAGACGACGUACAACCGGUUUUGUGGAGACGAGGAGAAAGCGUGUGAGCAGCCCACCCACUGGAAGAUCGUAUACUGAGGGUGCCGUGUCCAUCACUGCUGAGAGCCCAGGACCAGAGGAGGCCCCACCCCUGGGCACAACAGAACUAGGUGGUGCCCUGGCCCGGUGUGUCCUUUAGUGAGGUCACAUUUUACCUGUGUGCGGAUCACGAAAUGCAGGAGCCUCUCAGCCCACUGUUGAGUGGGGUGGGACGCGUGUGAGUGGCCACCCUCUCAGGUGGCUGCAGAGUUGAGGGUGUGCUGAGGGGUGUGUGCAGCUCUACUGUCUCCUGGGGUGGCCAGGGAAGCAUGAGACCUGCCCACCCUGCAGUCGUCAGGCACCAGGGAGAGGAUCGCAUAGGCCUGGUACACCCUCCUCUGUCCACUCGGGAAACAUGGUGUGGGGAGCUCCCCUGGGGCACAGUGGGCUUCCAGGCCCGGCGCUAACUGCCAGGAGGUGAGAAGUGACAGCCGCGGCGAGAUAAGCUGCUUCAUCGUAGCUGUGUCCCAUCUCACAGGAUUCCUUUUCCCGUGCUCACACUGCCACCACCAGGACACUUUCAGGCCCCUGCCCCUGCAGGACUUCAUUGUGGUGUCGGACACCACACAGCCACUUCCCUGGUCCACUGGUGACAUGGUCGCACCUUCGCUUUCUCUUGUACAGAGCUGGUGAACCCUUGUGUCCCCUCCCCAGACACUGGCAUGGCCUCCAAGUGGUGUCAUCGGGCCGCCAGGUGGAGUGAUCACAUAUUUAUUCUUUCCCAUUUGUAUAUUCAAAAAUUAAUAAAAAAUUUUCUAGAGAGCUGUAA